ACUGCGGUCGCCUUAAUUCGGUUGUUUUCAUUCUGUUGUUUUUGUUCUUCAGAGCAGCAGUGUGACUUUCAGCGCGGAGACUCUCUACAGCUACAGCUUCACCUACAGACCAGUUUACUGCUUUAUUCUCACUGUUUAUUAUUUGUACUCUUUAUAAUUACUCAUUAAUAACUGUUUUAUCUCUAUUUUAUUCUUAUUAACUGUGUUUUUCGCUUUUCUCUUUUCUUUUUUUAAUAGGUUACAGCAGCCGGUGAGGGACACCGCCACCCCGCGGUCGAACAUGGUGUCUCCGAGCAGAGUCUGCCCCCUGGGGGUGGGUACUGACCGCUCGGGGAACUCCACCACCCGUCCCCCGGCUUUUGGCUGCCGAAAGGCUUGGGGGAAAUGCAGCAAACGCACGGUGCCCACCUCCCAUCCAGAGCCUGCAGCAAUCCCCAGCAGCCAACCCCCCACCGUCACGACCCCACCCUUCCCUCGGUACACACACUGUAACGUUCUGGUGCCGAUCGCUGUGGCAGAGCUUACCCAGAAGCUGGACUUUGUUGGACCAGAGCCUGAGCUCAUCCCAGGUCCAGCUGCACAGGCUUUGGCCGACCCUGUCUGGGAGGUGGAGGACCUUGACGAUGAGGUGGAGAUGUCGAAGGAGGAGUCAGACGUCUCUUCCGUUUCCUCUUCGUCAUUUUUUUCGGAUUCAGACGUCUACACUUCACCUUUUUCUUCUUGCUCAGAAUCUUCAGUGGAGGACCUCACCACCACCGUCUUCCCACCAGAGCUAACCGGCCAGGGAGUCACUGCACCUUCACCCACCAUCAGAACACAGAGCAGAUCCCUGAAAAUACUCACCACCAACUUUUGGACCUCUGUGUUUUCUCGUUUCAGGUCCCGUGCUCGAGUCUCGGUGCUGGUUGGGGAGGCGGACCCAGGUCUGGAGGCGGAGCCGGCUGCACAGGAUGUGCAGGACCUGGAAGAGCGAAGGGACGCGGUGGAGACCCCUCCCAAAAGAAAGGGAGGAAGGAGGAAGCUGUUCCUGAGCUGCUUCAGGGGGUCAGAGAGGGACUAAUUAGAUUGAUAGAUUUAAAUAUUCAUACUUUUUAAUUAGAUUGAUAGAUUUAAAUAUUUAUAAGUUUUAAUUAGAUUAAUAGAUUUAUAUAUGUAUACCUAUUAAUUAUAUAUAUUGAUUGAAGAUAUAUUGUUGUAUUUAUAGCCAUUAAUUAGAUUGAUUGGAGAUAUAUUACUAUAUUUAUAGCCAUUAAUUAGAUUGAUUGGAGAUAUAUUACUAUAUUUAUAGCCAUUAAUUAGAUUGAUUGGAGAUAUAUUAUUACAUUUAUAGUAGGCAUUAAUUAGAUUGAUUGGAGAUAUAUUAUUACAUUUAUAGCCAUUGAUUAGAUUGAUUAUAGAUAUAUUAUUAUAUUUAUAGUAGGCAUUCAUUAGAUUGAUUGUAUAUAUUUUAUUAUUAUAUUUAUAAUAGGCAUUCAUUAUAUUGAUUGUAUAUAUAUUAUUACUAUAUUUAUAGCCAUUAAUUAGAUUGAUUGUAGAUAUAUUAUUACAUUUAUAGUAGGCAUUAAUUAGAUUGAUUGGAGAUAUAUUACUAUAUUUAUAGCCA